GUAACUUGCAUGGCUUGAUAAGAUUAGAUCUUUCGGAAAAUGACUUGAAUGGAUUUAUUCCAACAACGAUGGGAAAUUUGCAGAAUCUCCAAGGUGAACUUGUCAUCGAAUUCAUUGAGUGGUUUUUUAUCUCCAAGUAUACAGAGUUUGAAGGUCUUGAGAGAUCUAGAUUUGUCAAAAAAUAUCUUGUCGGGAAACAUUCCCACCACCCUUGGGGGCCUUCAAUCUCUAGAAACUCUAUCUUUGGCAGACAAUAGAUUUGAAGGAGCCAUACCCAACACAUUUGGGGCAUUGAUGAGUUUGGUAUCCUUGGAUCUCUCUAACAAUAGUCUUUCAAGUGAAAUUCCCAAAUCGUUGGAGGCACUUACCUAUCUCAAGAACUUCAAUGUCUCUGUAAAUAAUUUACAAGGGGAAAUUCCUAGCAAAGGUCCUUUCAAAAAUUUUUUUGCUCAAUCCUUUUUGUUAAAUCACGCUUUGUGUGGUUUGCCAAGGCAAGGGGUUCCUCGUUGCAAAGUUGACACCAUCAAACGGUCAAAAACACUGAUAAUGAAAUACAUUUUGCCUUCAAUUCUGCCAAUUUUAGUGACAAUGAUUGUAUCAUUUGUCUUCAUAAAGUGUCAUUACAGAAGAAAACAUUCUCCAGUUGAUCGAGUUGAUUCGUUAUCUUUAGCAACAUGGAGAAGAACAUCUUAUCUUGAAAUUCAACAAGCCACUGAUAAUUUUAGCCAAUGCAACUUGCUUGGUAUUGGUAGCUUUGGUUCAGUAUUCAAAGGGACACUUUCAAAUGGAACUAUAGUUGCAAUAAAGGUUUUUAAUUUGCAAGAAGAGAGUGUACUUAGAAGCUUUGAUUCUGAAUGUGAAGUAUUGCGCAACAUUCGUCAUCGAAAUCUCAUAAAAGUCUUGAGCAGCUGCUGUAACAUCAAUUUUAAGGCCUUGAUACUCGAAUUCAUGCCCAAUGGCAGUCUUGAUAAGUGGUUGUAUUCUCACAACUAUUUUCUAGAUAUGCUACAAAGGGUGAACAUAAUGAUAGAUGUUGCAUCGGCUCUUGAAUAUCUCCAUCAUGAUUAUUCAACACCAGUCAUCCAUUGUGACUUGAAGCCUCAGAAUAUCUUAUUAGAUGAAGAUAUGACUGCCCAUGUAAGUGAUUUUGGCAUUGCCAAGCUCUUAGACAAAGGAGAUUCGAAGACACGAACCCUUACACUGGCUACUAUGGGGUAUAUGGCACCAGAGAAUGGCUUUCCUGCCAAAGUGAAUUGCAUGUUAAGCAUCAUGAAUUUGGCUUUGAAUUGUUCCAUGGAAUCACCUGAACAGAGGAUCAAUAUGAAAGAUGCCUUGGCAAAACUCAAGAAGAUCAGACUGCAAUUUCAGCAAGAUGUAGGAGGUCCCUAAAUAAAUGGUGUUCUGAUGUAUGUUAUUUAUGCUCUUAGUUUGUUGUUUAUGAUAUUUCUAGUUGAUGAUAAUCUAUCUAGUUAAACUUUGAAUAAUGGAUUUUGCAGAUACAGUAUUACUUAAACAAGAAAUACAGAAGAAGACUUUGUCUUUUUU